AUGGAUGUGCUUGUUACUGCAAGAGGCAUCAUAAAGAAAUUGAAGGCAUUGCCACGCAGGGUCAAUAUUGGUGAGGCCAGAAAUGUUGGUUUAAUGGACAGAUUCUUGCAGAAUCAUUAUGUGAAAUCAGUGUCUGCAGGUCAGAAAGGAAAUAGUAGCAGGGGAUCAUGCUCGUCGCAUGAAAAGCGAAGAGAAUUAGGUCAUAAUCACCUAUCCAGUGGAAGCCAACAAUGUGCUAUCGCUCUAAUUAAAAGCUCUGGCAGAAGGCAUGAUGACUUGGUCAAGUAUGCACAGGUCAUUGCCUACUCGAUUGAAAUGGUUGCAACAUUCAGAACUUCAAUGCCUGAGAUACUGCACACCCGCUACACCAGCCUUUCUUAUAUCUAA